AGACAAAAAGAAGAAGAAGAAGAAGAAGAAAGAGUAAUGGAAAAAUCAGAAGAAGAGAAGAGAAGAGGAGAAGAAACAUAUUAUUUGUACAGCCCUUGUUCUCUCUUUCAACAACUUAUCAAAGCUUGCUUCAAGUGCUUGGGUCGUGAAGAAGGUGAUGAUAAACACUCCACAACUCCUCCAGCCCAUCCAAAUUCUCCUUCAGGAACAGAAGGAGAAAAAGAAACGAAAAGAACUGAGGAAGAGAUUGGGGUGGAGUCCGGGGCAAUAACAGUCCCAAAAAGGCCACCAAUAGACCCUGGAGGAGGUGGUCAAAUCAACUGAUCAUAGUAAUAUUUACAGUGUUUAAAGACUUCUGAGACUCUCAAAAUUUUUGAGUUUUAUAGUUAAUUAAUUUGUUGAACUCUUCUUGGAUGGUAUAUAUAUAAAUAUCAACCAUCUCCUGUGUGCAUGCUAGAACGAGUAAAUUAACUCUCUUUCUUUACCAA